ACCAUCUCUACCAUAUAUGGGUCGGACUGCAGUGAUCGGUAAGAAGGAUCGGAUGUAGGCUCAAGAAAUGGGAAGAUGAUGCAGAUUGAAAGCUAGAUGAGAAGGUACUGAUGAUAAUAUCCUUGGGCGGGAGAAUGAGGUGGAGAGUUGUAUUAGAUUAGCAAAUGUUGAAAUCGUUGAAGCCGGAAAACUUUCACUUGGAGUCCGGAGAGAGCCGCUGCCCACUGGGAGAAGAGCGGUCGAAAGAGAAAUCCGGGUAGGGUGAUAGAUGAGCAGAAGAUAUCCAGAUGCAUCCAAAAUUAUAGAAGAACGUCUCCGAGUUGAAAUAGGCGAUACUGACUAGACAUUAGAGAGUGUCGCAACCCUGCAAAUCGCCAUUAACCAAAGCGGUCAGCGGUUAGAAGCCCAAACUGUGGCCGGCGACUAGAACACCUUCUUCUGUCAAGCCUUCAAACAAUCCGACAAUGACUAUAACGAGGACAUGUUAUAGAGGAUUGCUGGAUAAGUUUGAAAAAAUGCGUGUGAAUUGCUUUUGCAAUUUGAGUGAGGUUGGUAAGCGAAUCAAGGAAAAGUUGAAUGAAGAAGAAAUAACACUUUUUAGAAGUUCAGUUUUAGGCUGGAUUCUAGAUAUAGAACAUAUGCCACGAUUAAGUGGGCAACUCAACAUUUGUUUCGUAGCAAACUAUAUUGAGGAGUUCAAUGGUAACGUUGAAAAGGAUGUUAUAAGAUUCCAUGUAGCCAAUAGUCUGAUAAGCUUUACAAAAGCAGAUUUGGCAAUAGUCACCGGUUUGAAGAUAAAUGGGGUGAAACCGGCAGUAUCUGAUAACGUGGGUGGGGAUAUGUGCAGAAGGUAUUUUGGUACCAAAGAAGUAAUAGUGAGGCAGGAUAUUGUUCAAGCUUUGGAGAGGUACAACAGAAACAAUCCAGGAACAGAAGAGAAUGAUGGUCUUAAACUAGGACUACUCUAUGCUUUAGCACAUGGAUUGUUUGGAAACCAAUACGCGAUUCGCUUGCCAGGGAAAUAUAUUAACUUGGUACAAGACUUAGAUGCAUUCAAUUCUUACCCUUGGGGUGAUGAUGUCUGGGAUGAUCUAGUCGCAAAUAUGAAGAACAACGCAGAAGCACUCAAGUUCUGCACACGUAAAAGAGUGGCGUUCACAGCUUGUAUGCAAGCAAUACAAAUCUGGGCCUUCGAGACCUUUCCAAUAUUGGCUAAUGAAAGGCUAUGCUAUGUUAUAAAAGACAAAGAAAAUGUCAUUCCUAGGACAUUGAAGUGGGCUUUUCACAAGAAACCAUCAAUACAAAAAUUUUGUGAACUCAUUUUCAGUAAUGACAAGUUUGAGUGGACAAAAAUAGUUCCAAGUGCAGAUGAGAUCCAAAGAAUCCAAGGACUUGUAGGAGGGGAAAGCAAUGAAGCAAAGGACCUGAGAAUUGAUGCAACCAUAAAGAACACAAAGCAGAGCAAAAAGGAUGCAAGAGGAAAAAAAGGAAAAGAAAUACAGAGAGCAAAUUCAGGAGGAAACAAUAAAAGAAAAAAGGCAGGACAGAAAGAAAAAGGAGAGUGCAGUAGGCGAGUGUUGAGAAAAAAAGGUAAGGUGGUUGAUAGUGAAGAAUCUAGGUCCAAUGAAAGUGGGGAUGAGUCAAAGGCAGGAAAGGGCAUAAUCAUGAAGACACUAGUUAAGCAGUCCAAAGAAAUUGCCAAUAUGCGUGCAGAGAUAAAAGAAAUGAAAAUAAAUCAAGAUGCAAUGCUAAAGAAGAUUCUGAGUCUUGUGAAGGAAAUAUCAAAGACAAAAGGAAAGAAGGAAGUGAUGAAGGACAGAGAGGACAUGGAAGAUGAAGCUAUGAAGGAUAUCAGUGAUGAGCACAGUAGCACGGAUGGCAAUGAGAGUGAAAGCUCUGAAGAAGAUUCUCAGGAGAAUGACAAGGAUGAAGCUAUGAAGGAUGUGAGUGAUCAGAAAAGUAGCACGCCUGACAACGAGAAUGAAAGCUCUGAAGAAGAUUCUCAGGAGAAUGACAAGGAUGUGAGUUAUCAGAAAAGUAGCACACCUGACAACGAGAAUGAAAGCUCUGAAAAAGAUUCUCAGGAGAAUGACAAGGAUGAAGCAAUAAAGGAUGUGAGUGAUCAGAAAAGUAGCACUCCUGACAAUGAGAAUGAAAGCUCUGAAGAAGAUUCUCAGGAGAAUGACAAGGAUGAAGCAAUAAAGGAUGUGAGUGAUCAGAAAAGUAGCACUCCUGACAAUGAGAAUGAAAGCUCUGAAGAAGAUUCUCAAGAGAAUGACAAGGGGAAGCAGAAAGAUGAGCAGCAAGCUGAUGAUACAGAAGUUGACAAUGAAACAAUUGCCCAAAGAAUUGCUAAAAUGAAGAACGAUGCUCCAAAUUUUAAUCUCUUAAGUCAGACUCAUGAAGGAAAAGAUCUAAGUGAAGAGACAAUUGCCCAAGGAAUUGCUAACAUGGAGAACGAUGCUCCAAAUUUUAAUCUCUUAAGUCAGACUGAUGAACGAAAAGAACCAAGUGAAGAGACCCAAGGAAUUGCUAACAUGAAGGACGAUGCUCCAAAUUUUAAUCUCUUAAGUCAGACUGAUGAAGGAAAAGAACUAAGUGAAAAAGAAGAAAUCAUGAUUAAUUUGACUGGGAGUAAAAGAAACACAGAAGGUGGGCCACAGAAAGAAAAGACCACAAAUAAUAUUGAAGACGGUAAAGAACAGGCAGAGGGAUCUGGAAAGGAAAAGGAUGAAAACAAAAAACAAAAAAUGCAAAGUGAUCAGAAAACUUCUGAGGAAGCAGACAAUGAAAUUUGGAGUCAGGAAAACUCACAAUUCAUUAGAGAAUUGGUUAUGAAUGCCGAAAUGACUGAAAGACUAAUGCUUGGAAAAGGAACCUUGCAAGAGGACAAGGAAACAGAAGAUAAGGAGACAGAAGAUAAGGAGACGGAAGAUAUUCAAAGCAAAGUGCAGAAAACAUCUACAAAAACUCAAAGGACAAAAAGAAGAGCCAAAUCUCCAGAUAGAUACACACCAGCGGGGCAGAGUGCUGAUGCAAAAAGAAGAAGAAAAGAAAGAGCAAAAAGAGUGGCAGAAGAAGAAUUCUUACCACCAUGUAAAGAGAUGUAUGGGCCGUUCUCAGAAGACCCAACAGACGCUAUUGAUCAAGAGGAAGUGAAUAAAUUCACAGAAUACUUGAAGAUUGGGCUGAUGAAAAAACCAAAGAAGGAACACAACGUGAUUAGAAGAUACAAGGCCGACUACGAGAUAAUGUCCAGUAAUCCUUUGAUUUUGGACACCAUGAAGAUAGAGUCAAAAACAUGGUUGCAUGAUCUGUUUGUAAACCACCAAUGGCUGUCUCACAAGCACAUAGAAGUGGGGAUGUAUUAUCUAGAACGCAAGCGAGUGCACUACAAGUUGAGGCAGAAAUACACAACAACAGGACCUUUUUUCAUGGAACUGCUCAAGAGGGAACAUGAUAUGAUUUUAGACAGAAAGACAACACUGAAAGACGCAGCAGAGAAGGGGAAUAUCUGCGAAUACAUUCUGGGGACUUCAACAAGCUACUCACUGCACUGGGCAGAUGCUGACUUCGUCUAUAUCCCUUUGAACACUGGGUGUCAUUGGGUGUUGUUGGUCUAUGAAGUAAAGGCAAGGAAGAUGAAAGUCUACAACUCGAACAAGAGAAGAGGUGAAUCCCUACGUGACAUCGUCGCAUACAAAACUUGCAUUCAAAAUAUGCUACCCAAAGUUCUGGAUUACCACACUGUCUAUGAAGCUAUGGAAGAAGAACCAAUGGGAGUGAGACAAAUUUCUAUUGAAAAUGCUGAAGAUUGCCCACAACAGGACACAGCGGGAAAUUGUGGAAUGUUUCUUCUCAAAAUUGCAGAGUUCCUAAUGAUGAAUAUGGACCUCAACGAACUGAAUGCUGCAAUGAUGUAUAUGUUUCGAAAGAAAAUGACUUUGGAGUUGAUUCAAUACAGCAGCAAAAGGCAGAACAAGAUACAGGAGAAAUAGAGCAAAAGGCAGACCAAGGAUGUCUUUAAUGAAAUAUGUGUUGAGUGAAUGAGAUUAAACAGACAUGUAGUUGGGUUUGAAUGUUUCCAUUCUUGUACUGCUUUUUUACGUUUAUUUCUUUUGUUUUGCAAAGCUACUUGUGUAAAACAUAAGACAUGUUGAUUAGAAUUGCUGAAACGUUGGCAUAUAGUGACAUUUGGUUUACCUUGCUUGGAA